AUAAAUUUAAUCUCAGAUUUUUCUUUAUCUGAAGUUGCCUUUACGGGUAUUUUUUGGGGGAUAAUAACUACUUUUACUAGUUUUUCCUUUUCUUGAUUUUGGUUUUCGAAUUGAUAUUGUCUGGUUGAGUUUCUGUUGUUUGGUUUUUGCGUUUUGCCCUUAUUAGGGCAUGGUCGUUUGUUGAAAAAGUCGAAUUCCACUGAAGAUAUUCUUUCAUUUGAACAUGUAUUUUGGUGGGUUUAGAGUAUAAUUAAGUUUAAAGAUUGAAUUUUUAAUGUUAUCCUCUCUUGUUAUCAAGCAAAAAAAGUUAGCUUUAAGUGGUUAUUCUUGUUUUGAUCUCUUAGUUCUGUUUUUUUUUUUCUUGUUUUGGGUAAUUUAUUUGAAGAGUUGUAGCAGGAAGAGUUUAAUCUUGUUGCUUGUGAUCUGGGGUUGCUUAUUUUUGUAUGUCGAAUCACUCUAUAGUAUAUUGUUUUUGGUGGUUUUGAGCAUAUUUGGCCGGGAGUUUUGGUUCUUCAUGGAUUUCAUGGGAGAAGCCAGUUUUGCUGGAGGGAGUGAUGUUAGUGGCUCUUACAAUUGGGGUCCUGGUUUUCCUGAUCAGGCAGAUUGGGCUACUGAGGAUGAUUAUAGAGCCUGGAACACCGAUCUCUCCACUGAGACCCCUUCCAAUUCGAGUCAGGAUGGUAGACAUUCCCAAAACCGAUCUGGAAGUGAGCCUCCACACAAGAAAUCAAGGAACUUGCAGGGGGUAGAUUCAGUUAAUAAUCGCUCCAAAGCAAUUGGAAAGAUGUUCUUCAAAACUAAAUUAUGUUGCAAGUUCCGCGCUGGGGUCUGCCCUUAUAUUACUAAUUGUAACUUUGCUCAUGGCAUAGAGGAGCUGCGCAAGCCACCUCCCAAUUGGCAAGAUAUAGUGGCUGCACAUGAAAGUGAGUGUGGUGGGGGAGUGAUGCUGGAACCAAGAGAAGAACACCAGAUACCAACUGCCAGUUCUCCUGAGCUGCGUGCAGAGUCCCAAAGGUCCUACAAAGGGAGGCAUUGCAAGAAGUUCUAUACUGAAGAAGGAUGCCCUUAUGGAGAUACUUGCACUUUCCUUCAUGAUGAACAAUCUCGAGCUAGAGAGAGUGUUGCAAUAAGUGUGACUCCCACUGUAGGUGGAUUUGGUAAUAAUGCUGCUGGAGCAAACCUGAAGCCUUCAAACUGGAAAACAAGAAUUUGUAAUAAGUGGGAGACCACUGGUUAUUGCCCGUUUGGCAGCAAGUGUCAUUUUGCACAUGGAGCGGCAGAAUUGCACAAAUAUGGGGGAGGACUAGUGGAGAUGGAAGGCACAGAUUCGCUAUCUACUCCUCCAGAUUUAAAGCAGGGAGGGGGUCCUUUUAAAGCAGCAGAAGGUUCGGUGCCCUCAACCAUUUCAGCACCUCAUGCAGAUGUUUACCAUUUGGGGUCGGGCGUUCAAGUGCAAAGGCCCUCUGGCAUAGUCCAGAGGACUGGCCAAAGGGUCAUUCAGAAAUGGAAAGGGCCAGAAAAAAUUAGUAAGAUAUAUGGCGACUGGAUUGAUGACAUCGAGUGAAGAAGUCGUGUUUGCUAACUACUUCUCCGUUUAUGAAGAUAAUCUUGUUAUCGAGGCAGGUAUAGGCAUCCAAAGGAAUUUGAGUUCUUUUGUAUUGCUUUGAACUGCAAUGGAGGAAUGUUGUUUUCGAGCUACAAAUAAAAUAGUUGUUUGUUAGCAUGUGUUUGCUCUGUGUAUUCUACCAUCCUUGUUUGGAAGAAAAGGAGGAUCAAAAUCUCUGUUGUAGAAGAGAUGAGGCAAAUCUUUUCAAACUUCGGCAGUAGUGUGGUCCGGUCCUUCCUCGGAUUUUGUGUAUAACAGGAGUUUUAAUGCACCAGAAUACCCUUUUAGAUUGCAGUAGUAAUUGGGUCAUUUCACAUCCGUAUCUAGUAAUUCAAUGGAAGUAUCUAUUACAACAUGGUAAAUCUAUCUACCAAGAAUGGAAGUAUCUAUUACAACAUGGUAAAUCUAUCUACCAAGAUUGGAACAGAAGAGUUUGUAUUUGUUUGUGUUGUAACUUAAAUUUAAAAUCUUGGAUCUCCAAAAUCUACUUGUAUGAUUCAAUCAUUUAUUAAUCCUACUAUUUGCAAAUACUGAACUUUGUAUAUCAUAUAUGUAAAUACUAAGAUAGUA